GCGGCAAAACAUGGCGGAGCCUAAGUGUGAGAAUAGGCAAUCCUGAAUCGUUGGGAAAUUGCGAGAGAAUUUCUAGGUAGAUUAUGGACAGGUUUAGCUGGACAUCUUCAUCCAGUACGUGUGUCUUUCCAGGCGAGUCAGGAGUUCACCAGCAGUCUGGUGUCAGAAUAUACGACGGAGACAAAAAGGUAGAAAUGAAUGAACAAUAAACUACAAAUCAUUUCUUGCUGAAACAUCAAUCUUAACUACCUUUCUUUGGUUUCAUUUUUGAACAGACAACGUUUGAGAAUGGUUCUCUUAAGCUAACAACACACAGAAUAGUGUGGGAUGACCUAGAUCAACAGGUAAGGUGCAAGUAAUUGUAAACUUGAAAAUCUUCAGAGGCUUAGGAGCGCAGGGUGAACUUAAAAAUCUCUAGAGGAACACGUACAAGGUGCGCACUCUCGACGCUUUUAGGUUCAGUUUCUAAAACCCUUUUCAGUUCUCCUUUACUGUUAUUAAAAAUUGCCCUUUAUAUCAACUUCUUAUCAUUCAUAGCUACAGGAAAUAGCUAAAAACAAGAAAUACAAUAGAUAAAAGGCAUGAUUUUCUUUUGGUGAAAAAUCUUCUCUCCCACUGCUGUGAUCUUUGUUCCACUGCCAGACCUGGUAUCUCAUUUGGGUUGAGAGUCUAGUUGAUUGUGUUCCCUGUCCUGUGAGAUUUUCUCUGGGCUCUCAGGUUUUUCUGAGUGUGACAAGUAAAUCCAUUUGGAUUUGACCUGGUAUCAAGGCUAAAUGUCAUCUAAUUAUUUAGAGUUUACUCAAUUGUGACUAUCCCUCAUUCAGUGUUUGAAUUUUAGCAAAUUUAAUUGUAUAAUUACUUUAGGCUUAUUCCCCAUGCCUAGGAAAGUUUGUUUUAUUUUGUUGUUGUUAUUGUUUAUUUUGCUCAGGACAGAGCCAUAGCAGUGCCACUUUCUCUUGUAAGCAAAGUAGAAGAACAAUCUUCUGGCUUCAUGAGCAGGUUUGUGAUCAAUUUUUUAGGCUUAAUGAACUUAAAAUUAUAAAACAUUUUCUCCUUGGUCUUAGGAAAAUAGUGCUAAAUUAGCAGAGUUCAGUGGCAGAUCCAUAAAAUCCUGAAAACAGGACCAAAGAUAAUUAUUAUGGUUACAGUACAUGAUCCUCCAGAUUGAAAUAAAAUCUUCAAAUUUAUUUAUUUUGCACAUAGAGUUGAGUUAAAAUUAUAUUAUUUAAAUAUAACUUUUAUCAAUUAUGUGAAUAUCUAUUUGUUGUAUUUCAUUUUUGUUCUUUAACAGUGCUAAAGUGGCUGUGACUCUUCACCCUCCUCCAGCAAACAAGGAACCUGGACCAUGUGUCUCCAGUCCAUAUGGUUGUGUCAAGUUUUCUUUUAAGCAAGGAGGCCACUCAGAGGUAGAAUACUCAAGAUGGUAACUUUAAGACACAGCUGGAGGAAUCACCUUUUAGAAACUUUUCUCUGUAUAAAUUAACCCCUAUUUUAGAGUUUUCUGUAGCAAUUGACAUCUCAUUUAUGAAAAACUCUUCAUAAAUUAUUUUAUAUGAAAUAUAAGAUUUUUCAAUCAUGAAUCUCUUUAAUCAAUGUAACCUUUAUGAUUAGGCAGAAAGAUUCCCAUUGGGGAGUCCUAAUGAAGAUAUUGUAUUGUAUGGUACUCACUGAAAAUAAUUUUUUGAUUAACACAAUUGAUUGGAUAAGUGAAUAAAGAAUUAGGGGACUUUUAGAGGUUUAAGGAACCAGAGCAAAAUUUAUCUUCCCUUGUAAUGCUUUUCUAAGUGGUUGACUCUCUUUUGUGUAUCUGUUUCAUUCCAUUUAGUUCUUUGCUCGUUUAAUGGAACAAGUUAAUAAGAGGUCAUGGAUGCAGCAAAGUGCACAGCAAUCAUCCAGUAGUACAGCAGGAAAAGGACUGGUAAAUAGAGAUACAACAGUACAGUACAGCUCAGAUAUACGUUAACCAAAUAAUUCAUACAAAAUGAGCCAAAAAUUGAAUGCCAGUGCAAAAGAAAAAGAAAUGUGCAUCAAAAUUUCACAUAAGCAUGAUACAUCUAUCUAUACAUGAGGUAGGCCUUUUGUUUUUCUAUUGUUGAUUGUGUAUUGUUUUAAAGAAUAGGCUAUAAUCUGAUAGCACUAAAAUACUAAACAGCUACCAAUGACAAGUAAACUUGUUAGUUUCAAGCACUGUUCAAACUGACCUUCCUGAUAUGCUGUUACAUACUCUGAAUUUAUAAAUGAGUUAUCAAUUUUGAACAGAACUCUUCUUUUAAAAUAGCUAUUUCUCGCUUUGUAAAAAAACCCAUCUGUUGCAACAGCUUGGGAAUGUGUAGGAAGAUCACUGGGGUUUAAACUUUGUUCAGUGUUCAAGACCACUUAUCUGCUUCUCUCCCUCUUCCAGAAUCGUCCCAGAGGAGUUGGAGGAAUUGUGGGCAUUGAAAGAAAACUAGAAGAGAAAUCCAAAGAGACAGAUAACUAUAUUCAAAAGGUAAGUAUAAUUAAAAAAGGGUUGUUCUGAAAGGGACUUCCGCACUCAUGAUUUUCUCCUGACAUUUUCUGUUAUUCCAAUGUGAAACACAAGGAGAAGGAGAUGUUGCAUCAAAAUUCACCAAGGCUUUAUUCUGUGUACUCCUGUUACUGAAGUACUAGUGCAAUAUGUUUUAAAACCAAGCUAGCUUGAACUUGCUAAGGGACACAAAAAGGGACAAAAAAGUGCUUGUCAAUGAGGGUUUGAUGAAGCUUUGUGUUAACUGAGUUUGGGUGAACAAGAUUCUAUUUUGUUAAUGUAUAACUUAUGUCAUGUUCUUCUAAGGUGGAUUGUGGAUGAAUCAAAUUGAAGUUAGGAUAUUUUUAAUUAAUGUAAUAUGUUCUUUAUUUUACCUCAGAUGGUGAAAAAAAUAUGAUCUAAUAUUUUUCCACUGACACAUUUUGUGCCAGUCAUUCAAUGCGUCUCUUUUUCUUUUGAAUGUUACUUCAGGCUUUUAAAGACUUGGAUGCAUUAAUGGAGAAGGUAUACUUAUUUAAUUUUCAUAUAAUAUUCUAAACAAUGCCAAACAAAGUGCACAGUAACACUUUGCUUGUAGGUUGUAUUUAAAAACUUUAGAUUGUCCAAAUGUCAUGGGUUAUAAGCUCUUGCUGUUGCUGUAAUUAUGUGAGUGACUUGGAUAACCCUUUCAUUCCUAAGAUCUGAAUAUCAAUUCUCUGUUCUGUAUUCCUUGCAUUCUCAUAGUUUUAGGUCUGAGGAUUUAGUGUUAAAUCACAGCAUAUCCCUCACUUGAUAUUUUUUGUUGUUCUCAGGGUGUUUCUGCUUGAAAAUAUAUUAAUAACUAAGCAUAAAAUUACUUUUGGUCAUCCCUGGCAGUGAAACAGAUAACAAAGAGCUACCACUGUCGAUGUUUAGUUUUGUUUUCUAAGAGGGGACACCUGCAAUUCUAUUUGCAACAAGUUAUGGUUGAUGUUAGGGGGAUCUGAUUGGGUUGUUUUAAAUAAUUAUCAUGAAAUUUAUGUUUGUGCUGGAUUUUUAACAGGCCAAGGAAAUGGUUGCCAUUGCUGAUAAAGUAGCUUCCAAAUUAGAAGAGAAAAAGGGUGCAAUCACUGAAGAUGAGGUAAUUAACUACUUAAAUCUCUGUUAUUUGUUAUUCUCCUUAUUGUCUGCCACACAAUUCUUAUGAUUUUAGUUCUGAGAAUUUAGUAUUGGACCAACUGAUAAUCCCCUAAUUGAUAUCUUUCUGUAUUCUCAUCAUUUGUCUCCUUGAUAUUGUGUUGAUAUUAUAACAAGAAAUUCUUUCGUGGUCAUGCAUGGGAGUUAAAGGUUAAAGUGGUUUCUGUAAAGGUGAAACUCAACAAGUAAGUUUCGUCUUGUCAAGACUUAGGUCUGUACUGGUCUUAUCUGCACUAAUCUGGAAAAAGUAAAAUGACUAAAAUGAUUAAUAAUAAGUUCACUUUGAAACAAGCUUUUGCUGCAUUAGCCUCCUUCGCUGCCAGACUUUUGGGUAAAUUUGGCUAUAGAGAAGACUAUUAGUGAAAUGGAAGUAUCCAACACUCUGGCCUCAAACUUGCAAAUAAUUCUUUGUUUGUAUAUAUUACACAGUUCAUUUUUCAUUUCAGUGACUAGUUUUUACUGGGAGUAGAAUGAAUUGAUUGUAAGUUCACUCUACUCCCAGAUUGUAAGAUUGUUAUUUUUUGAUGAUGUUUUUUAUUUUGUUUAUUUCAGACAGUUACAUUCAAGUCUUACCUCCUCAGCAUGGGAAUAGCCAAUCCAGUAACAAAGUAAUUUUAUGUUAUUUAUUAGUUAAAGUGCUUUUCGAUUUAGUGUUGUAAAACCCAACCCAAAGUUAUCAAAUAAAUACCUCUAAGAGCCAAUGAGAACUCAAAGAAAAGCUGCCCAAACUGCUAAAAGUGUGGGAAAACGGGGGUGACCUAGGCGUGGAUAGCUUUAGUUUUGCAUGUGAUUGGUCAAGAGAGUGUUUUCUGGACCAAUCACAGCAAUCAAGGAUUACUUUCUACUCUCCGUUGAAAAUUGCCUAUGAAUCGUUAUUACAUCUAAUUUAAUUGAAUCGUCUCACGAGUUAAGUAGAUGAGAUGGUCUUUUUUUUUAAAUAAUUACAGCAGUUUCACAGAUUGAGCACAGCAAAAAUACACAGGCAAUUCUCUUACUUGGUACUUAACUGAAAUAUAUUCAUACACUUAAUGUCUUUUAAGGGAGACACACGGUUCAGGUGCAAGUUAUCAUAAAGAACUCGCUAAAGAACUGGGAACAUUCUUACAAAAAAUCAUUACGGUAAGAUGUGUACCGCAACCUUUCAUUUCCUGGUGCUUUAGACUUGAUUGCAGCUAUUCAAGUCUGUUCUUGGGGGAGAUUAGAUGAUGACAGUGGUAUUUGCGAUCUCGGUAGUGAAAGUUUUAUCAAACUUUUAACGUACUUAGUAACUUGGUGCAUACUUGAAGUCUUUACAUGCGUUUGACUCAGGUGCAAAUUCUGUCAUUGAUUCGGAAGAUGGAACCAAAAAUAGAUCACACUUCAUUUGAAAUGUUUAUUAUUAUUAUCACUGAAGGACGAAGGAGGCAUGAUGACGCUGACCGAUGUAUACUGCAGAUUCAACAGAGCAAGAGGAAUGGAGGUUUGUGUGGUUCGUUUUGCGUAAACUGCAUCAUAACAGGAGAUGUUGACAGAAGUAGUUUUUUAGGCCAUGCGUAACCACUUUAAGGUUGAAGAAGACUACAAAAGGUUUGCUUUGUAAGAUAGAAACAUAUAAACCAGAGAGGUACAAGGAUGGCGAAGGAUGAAGAGGGUUAAAAUGAAUAAUAACUCAUGAACGAGUAUUUCUUUCAUUUAAAUAUAUUUUUCAUAUAUACACCUAUUCAUGAUCGAGUUCGGUCAGGGUAGGGAAAGAAAUGCAUGCCUUCAUGGCGAUCGGUAAAACCCACAAAAAACUAAACAUUUUGAACAAGGAAUACAAUACUAGUUAAAUCUGAACUUCAGGGCGGAAGGUGAAGCUUUUAUUUUUAUAUUUUUUUAUGUUUUUGAAGUGUAUUAAGUCAUUGUUUUAGUUGUGAUAUUCUUUCGUCAGCUUGUUUCCCCCGAAGACUUAAUAAAUGCAGCCAACAUGUUUUCCGCUGUGAAUAUUCCACUGAGGUGAGCUGUGCUGUCAUCUCAUUUUAAUCCGGUGGUUUACUGUUGUGAAGAAAAUUUAUAUGUUACCCACUUGACGGAGUUUAAGUGUUUAUAGAUACAUGUUCAUAUCGUCAGAAGAAGCGCAAGCUUUUAUUCCUGCCUGUUUUGAUAAGAUUUGACUUUCGUCCUAUUUUAAACGAAUCACUCUGUAUGAAUUCCAUAUAGUCACAGUCAUUGAUUCAACAGUUCACGGGUUUAUUACGAACCAACAUAAUAACCAGCUCCCUGGUAGCUUGGUAGCUCAGAUGGUAGAGCACUGCACCGGUAUCGCAGAGGUCAUGGAUGGCUUCUGCUUAAGUAGUGUUCAUUACUGCGAAGAUCGCUUCCAUAUUCAAUAUUACGCUAUUGUUCGUGUGACGAGGAUUUUCUCAUUCAUCCGACGGACUAAGCCGGAAAAGAGUGAGCGCAUGAUUACAGUCAUGACAAGGGUUUCUCUAUGUUUACUUCCUCUCAGGUGGACAUCCAUGAAAACAGUUUAACAAACUUUUGUUAAGUUUCUAAUUUUUCUACGUUAUAACCUUUGUUCCCUUUUAGAGCCGUGUAAGUAGUUGUGUGGGAAACUUGAGCGAUCACAGUGGUUAUGGGAACAGAAAAUAUAUUUAUACCUUUUUAAGUGGUAACGUGUGGACGUGUCUUGCAGAUUAAGAUCUUUUGACAGCGGUGUGUUGGUUAUUCAAGUUUUGUCCCACAAUGACGAGGAAGUCAUACGGACAACCAGACAAAUGGUAAGCAUAGACGUGUAGCCACUGUUGGGGUGGAGAGGAAGUAAUCUCCAACGAAAGAAGCUCUUGAUUAGUAAACAACUUGUUAUUACUAUAGGGUAUGUUCAGAGAACAUUGUGGAGAAUAUACAUACUGAUGUUAAUGUACAAAUAUUUUAAGCAGGGUAUUUAGGUCUCGAUGGCAGACCCCUACCCGAAUCUUUAAGGGCCGUUAUUGAAAUCCAACCCAAAUCACGGUUCUACGCAAGCAGUGGGCCUCGGUUAUUCUCUAGAAGAGAGUUGAUUCCAUUUAAAUAAUUGUCCUUCCACUAUAAAGUUUCGGCCUCUUGACACUGUCCACAAAAAUUUGAUCCGUAGAUAAAAGGUUCGGCUAAAUUGAAGAUGGCUUAGAGCGUGGUUUUGUUAACCAACAGUUAAACUUUGUUUGAAUAACCGGGCCUUACAGUUUUCUCUAGAUGAACAAUGAGUGAUCUUUACAUCAGGACAACAUUUUGACUGCUCUGUUGGAUUGUCUUUUUCUCUUUGCAUGUAAUAGCUCGAUGAAAAGAGCUCCUUGACAGCCGAAGAACUCGCACACUUAGCAAAAGUAUCCGUAAUGUUGGCCAGAGAAAGGUAGAGUUAGUCACACUUGUGUUGUAGUUUGCCAUGUCUUUGAGCGUCUGAAGUCAGUUCAUAGGGAAGACGCGCAGAUCUGAAUAUUUCAAUAAAAGUUUGAAUAACGCUGGAUUAUCUAAUCCUAAUUCUCUCGAUUCCCUAUGACUCGAAUCCUCGCUAACGCGGACAUCGCGUUAAAUUAAACCAAAAUCGAUUUUCCUGGAUUUCCAUCGAAGGGUAACUGUAAUCUUACCCCCAUAACUUACUCUUUUUAACAAAAACAUUCGAUGUUGCGGUUCCUCCGUUCAGUAAUAGAUCACAGUUGACGUAAAAUUGUGGUAAGAACCAAAAACUUGCACACGAGGCGCAGCCGAGUGUGUUACUGAGGUUCUAAUCACAUUUGAAGUCUUUUGUGAACUAUUACAGUAACUGAACAGAACCAAAGCAGCAUCAUGUUGCCUUGAUUCCGUGAAUCUAGUAGUUUUAUAUGAUAAAGAAAAAUCAAGAUGUUGUUCAUGUUAUACCAUCCAUGCGUAUGUCCUUCAAAAGAUUCUAAACAAGGACCAGUCAAAAUGUGUGUAGGAUUCAUCUUAUCACAUAGACGACACCAAAAUAAAUCGAAUAAGAGAGAUGGUAAGUUUUGAGCUUGGUAAGAAAUAGCCGGAGAAAGAUGCUUUUUCGACUUGUCUUGUUGCUCUACCACUGAGCCACAGAGACUACACACAGAGACUCUCUCUUUCUAUUUAAAAACAGGACGCUAUCUACAUUGCGGAUCUUAGCAGUAUAAAGGACGCGUGUCUUCGUAAUAGACUUCGCUCACCGUAGAGUCUCUGUGGCUCAGUGGUAGCGCAGCGGAGGGCGGAGUCCGAAGGUCUGAGAUUCGUUUCCUUAUGGCGACUCAGAAUUUUUUCUUUGUCCCACGCUCGUGACAAGACUGAAAAAACAUCUUUCUCUACACCAAAAUAGUAAUAAAGGGCACACUGUGAAGGUGUUUAGAUACGCUAACUCAGUCAAAUCUCCUUCAAUCUCCUCAGGAGGUUCGAGUAUUUGGGAAGUUGAUUGUGAUUAACUCAUAGGUUGCUUUUAUUGUUGUAGGCUCUUAGUAACAGAACAAGCUGGCAAAGCAUGCCGGGAUGACAGCGUAGAGGGUCUUAGGUUCUACCCUAAUUUCCUUGUAGAGAGAACAGAUUGAAAAAUGUUGUUAAAAAGUGGAACAAUUAAAUUAAGCGGAAUCUCGAGAGCUUCGUCUCUAAUUUCUUUGUAGAGAGAUCAGACUGAAAACUGUUGUUGAAAACCUGAAACAAUGAAACUCAUUGAAAUCUCAAGAGCUUUGUGUCUGGUCAACUGUUGUGACCAGUAGGAUAAUAAGCGCCAUACCAAAUCACUUGUUCCUGUUAGUCUGCAUAUAAUGGUUCAGAGAGGUUAAGAUAUAAAGUCGGACACAUUCAAGUUGACGGAGGAAUAAUGGCAAAAUAAAAAUAGCCUCAAUAAAUUUAUUUUGCAACUGAUCUCGCCAUGAACAAGGUAGCUUUCUGACAAGUUACAGACAGGUCGUCGUAAAACACGCGCAGAUCAUUAAGACAGCGU